GGUAGUUUGACAGCAUUCCCCUAGUUCAAUGAACUCUGAACACUCACAGUUACUAAACUAAUGAAAAACAACAAAACAACCAAUCUUAAUUCUUGAAGAGAGGUCUACAAAAUUGUAACCUCUUUGUCAUAUGGCCCUGUCCAUACAUUCAGACAGGGAAAUGAUUUAUUGAGUCUGAAACAUCAAGAGUGUCAACAUGGGCACCACUUGAUCAUGCCUGGUACCUCAGAUACUUUCUGCAUUCAGGUAGCAAAAGAAGCAGACACAUAGGUUUUUUGUCUGUUUGCUUUUUACUCUCAUAUAAUUUCAACUGUUAGUAUUGCAGGCUGGGGUCCAUUUAAGAAAGAAAAAAUAGAUGUAAAACACAACUUAUCAAGCCAUUAUCUGCUCUUUUAAAAAAUAUCAGCAAAGUAAUGUAUUCAUACAUUAUUUUCUACUUUCCCCUCCCCUUUUAUUUUAAAUAUUUCUCCUUGACUGUCAAUCCCUUGGUUACUAUGGAAACAGUGUAGCUACCUCCCUUCAACUCAAAUCCAUUCUUGGUAACAGUCUGAGCUGGCAGAACGCUGAGACCUGGCGUGCAGGAAGCAUGCAAUGAGCUAGUGGGAGCUGUAUAUCCCAUACUAUAUACAGAGCAAAGUAGUUUGGAAAUAUCUUUAGCACUGGUUCAAGGCUUCUCUUGGAGCUGGCCCUAAUUGUUUUUAUUGCUACAUUUAUUUGUUGAUCAUUUUCAUCAAAAGGAAGCUGGUUUUGAAUUAGAAGGGCUUAAGCCAAUUUGAGACUUUCAAAACAUGUCUGUGCGGGAAGGCCCUGCAUCAUCACAGUCGUGUGGACAGAGCAAGGGGACUGUGGGUCUCAAAAGGAAGCUGACUGGUCCUCCCAGACUGCUUCUCGGAAAAGCCAAGGCCAAGAGGCAACUCGAGAAGAGGACUGAAGCUCAAGCCAAGAGAGUCAAAGGGAGGGAGAACAGCAAUGGGAACCGGACAAGCAGCCAUGAGAACCACCACGUGUUACAAGCAAAGGAUGAAAUGCCUUGGGAAGAUUCAGAAAACUCAAAACUCCAAGAAGAUGCAGACAUGGACACAGACACCAGGGUGAAAAGAAGCCCUUGGGUCGAUGAGGGAGAGCAUACAUUAGGGAGCAGCGGAGUUCAGUCAACAGAAACAGAAUUGGAAAGAGAUGAGCAUUUAGAAGUCAAGAUGAGAAAUAAAAGUAAACAGUUGAGAGGUGGACAGGAACAUUCCAUCCAACCUUCCCUACUCUGUCUAAGAAAAAAAAGAAGCAAACUGGAAAAAACAGCAUGGAUUGAAGAUGACAAGCAAAACUCUGAUAAGACUUUCAGCCAUGCAGAGUUGGUAAGUCCUGCUGGUACCAGUACUGAGCAACUACCCAAGGUGAAAGGAAAAUUCCCAAGUGGAAUGUGGACCUCAUUCAAGAAGCUUGUGUCCCUACAAAGUAAAUCACAGAAGUCCAAAGAAGGACGGUUAAACUAUUGCUUUGGUCAUGAAGAGACAGAAGCAACCUGCAAGAAUAAAUACUCCAUUACAGCUUUUUUCAAACACAAGACCAAGCAAACAUCUGAUUCUUUCCAUGAAGACACUUGCAAGGAUAAGAGACAGCAGACUGCAUUAGACAAGUUUGGAAAUGACACCAAGGCGGUGCGAUCAAACAGAAAUGUGGAGGGAAUCCAUAACAGUCCAGAUGAUGUCUAUGGAAGUCGUAAUGAAGAUGGUGGCAAUGCAUUGCCCUCCGAGCUCUUAACAGUGAAUGUUGAAGUGAGUGAACUAAACACCAAAGGGAUAAAAGGCGAUGCUCAUUCAGAAAAAACUUUUGAAGGGAUGUGUGAAGACAGCAAGAUGAUCCAAGCUGCAGCUCAGAAUAUGCUUGUAGGAUGCAAAGCAGGUGAUGAAGAGGUUUCCUGUGGUUCACCGGAAGCUGGAACAUCAUCAGGUUUUUCAAAAACAGAAACAACCACUGUAGAAAAAGACAAACCUAAUAAAGAAGCUGACACGGUGUCACCAGAGAAUCAUUGCAUGGAUUCAAACUUUUCAAAAUAUGAUCCCUCAUUUAAUCCUGAUGUGGAUUCUCACAAAUCUCUUAUGUUUCAGGUGAACACAAGAGUAACUGAUUGUAAGGACUUAAGUCACAUAAAUAUAAGCAGCAGCGGGUUGGAAACAAUUGGAAACAGAGCAGAACCUGAGCCAGGUUAUGCCCCUGAACCAGAUAGCAACAAGACAAAAGAAUCUUUAAUGAACGAAACAAUGGCCGUCAAUGACACACUUGUGUUCCACAAAGCAGAAAACAGUAUCUCAGAUUGUUUGGUUAAUUCUAGUGUUGGAGUACCAACUGAUUUUGAGAAACCAGAUGAGAAGGCUGACCACUGUUUCCUUUCUCCAAAGAGUACACACCUGGAAGAAAAUGGUGUCCUUCCAGAGCGUGUUUCAGAAGAGCAUGUAGAUUUACAGUCUGAUGAGUUCCUGUUAAUGCAAACUGCUUGCUCACUGGUGCAGGCAGCAAUGCGGGCAGCCCUAGAUCAAGUAACAGAGGACCUUGAAGACACUCCUGUGAACUGUUAAUAACAGACAUGCAAGCUCAGUGACAAGGGGGUGUGCCAUUUGAGGGAGAAGUUCUUGAUGUCUGGACUUAAAUACUCGUAUAUAGGCCCUCAAUCUUUUCAUUCCUAUUAGACUGUUACAUUUUGAAUUCCAAUGACUCUUUUAGAAGCUUCAGCUGUGAAUGAGAAAGCAACACUUCUUAACAGAUAUGCUCUAAAAAUUCCAAGUUUGAAACCAAAUUUAAAAUGCUGAAGAGCAAGUGUAAGGGAACUAAAGAAUCAUCCCACUCCAAGUUUAAUAGAUAUAAAAAAAUGACUGAGGACUUUUGGAUAAUUUUCUGAUAAGGAAAUAGCUGAAGAUCUUAGAGACAAGGUUGCCUACCCCUGCAGCAAUUUUCUUUUUUUAAAUGUCCCUCAUUAAUUAGUUCUUCACUUGUUGUUUAUUUUUGUGUUGCACACUUGAUAAAAAUCAUAUAGCAGUAUCCCAACAGUACAUCUUCACCGAUGCACCGCAUCACCAAUGCAUUGUAUUAUAUUGAAAUAAGUGAUAACUCUAUUUAUUUAUUUUAUAUUCAGUACGUCUUUGAAACUAUAUUUCUAUUGUAAAAUGAGUUGCAUAUGGCUGAAGAAAGUAAUAUGAUGCUUGUGGGUGACCCUAUAGGAAAUGAUGCCAUGCUGUGACUAAAGGGCAGAUUAGCCUUUUUUGCAUGCCUUUUGAAUGUGGUAUAUCUGGAUUUUUUAUUUAUUUUUUUUAUUUUAUUUUUUACCAAGGUCAUGAUACUCUUUUUAAACCCUGGAGACCUCUUGUUUUUCACACUUUUAAUGCAAAUAUGUGCAAUAGAUGAUUUGCCAGUUAAAAAAAAAAAAAAAAAAAAUUACCAGUACAAUACUAUAUCUAUACAGUAUGGACAAACUUUUUCUUGGUAUAUUUUUGCCCUUUCUUGUACUAUUUAAAUGCAUAAUGACACUAGCUACUAUCAGGUGUUGUAAUGGUUGUAACACAUGUCUGUAUUCAAGUCAAUAUUAUAUAUAGGCUAUGUACAGUACAAUGUCUAAAUUGUGCAUUUCUAUUAAAUAUACAAAACAGUUGUUCUGAGUGCUGCUUAUUGUAAUUACUCAAAUUGUCUUAAGGUGCUUUUACCUAAAUCCAUGAGUA